AUGUAUGUGUCGCAUUUUUCUACAAAUGCGACUGGUUCUGGGAGCACCCACAUUGAUGAAGGCUUGAAGACCACAGCUGGGAUGAUUUCCUCGAAUGUUGGUGAUUCUUGCACUUGGUAUGCCGCUGGAAAGUGUUCUCGACCGCGGACUUGCUACGAUUGUCUUAAUGUCAAGAUCAAUUCGACAGUGUGUGCUAUUAUGCCCAAUGGAAUGUGUAUGAGUCUAGACAAUAAUCUGCCCAUUUUAAAGAGAGAAGACAAACUUUACUUGUCCAGUAAGAGCACAUACUGCAAAGUGGAUGAUGCUGCGUGUACAGCAUGCACUACAGAGUGGCUUGCCGAUUACAGCCGUUCAGGCACAAUUCAGACAUCCGCAGACUGUACAGGUCUCGACGGUUGUAUUUGUCUCGCGCGUUGUGAGAAUCCCAAUUGGAAAACAUCCAUUUUGACUGAUCAGUGUCCUCACGGAAAACUGCAGUCCACCGGCAGGACACCGCCACAAAUUGGAUUUGCUCUUAUUGUUGGUAUCGCACUCGGGAUCUUGCUGGGCAUUUGGGCUCUUAAACUGCUCGUACGCUGUCGCGAAAGACGCUGGAGUCGAGAGCGUUCAGCUCCUCGUACUUCACAUACUCACGAGCCUCAGACGAGGCCUUUGCUCACAUUGACUGGCUGGAAGGCUUUUCGCCAAAAGUGGAUUGAAAUUGAAGCGUUAAAAGGUGCUAACGUAGCAGUCCUUGAGUUACAAGAACAAAAUUCAACUCCAGUCGAUGCUGAUAUUGGAAGAGAGUGCAUAUCAUCCUAUGGUAUUGAUUCUGUGGCUAUCUUAUGA